GACACCACCCCCUCCACCCCAACACCGGCCCUCCCCACACCACCAUGUGCCACACCAGCUGCUCCUCGGGCUGCCAGCCAGCCUGCUCUGUGCCCAGCCCCUGCCAGGCAUCCUGCUAUGUGCCCGUGAGCUGCCAGCCAGCUGUGUGCACACCCGUGAGCUGCCAGUCUGCUGUGUGUGUGCCCGUGAGGUGCACACCAGCUGUGUGCACACCCAUGAGCUGCCAGCCUGCUGUGUGCGUGGCCCCCUCCUGCCAAUCUUCUGGGUGCUGCCAGCCCGCCUGCCCCACCCUGGUCUGUAGACCCAUCUCCUGUAGCUCCCCUUGCUGCUGUUGACCACGAGUCCCUUACUCAUCUGCUCCCAGUGCAGACGGGUGCACACCUGUACCCCUCCCGGAACAAGUCCUCAAUGGGCCUCCAGCUUCUACACGUGGCAGAUGGAAAGCAGGCUCAACGAACUCUCUGAACUCCGAGGUGAGAAUGUGGCAGGAUGAUCUGGAUCCCUCCGUGACCCUGCCCGUACCCUCAGGGAAGCCCUGGCUCCCAGGGUCCUUCUCUGUCUCCAGCAGGAAACCAAACCCCGUGUGAGCCAAAUAAAUCAUGCUUUCCAAUG